AUGGCGUCGCGCUGUCCACCAGCUUCUCGUGACGCCGCAGCUGUACACAACAUCAUUAAUGAAAAUACGAAGUUUGAAGAUAUAAUAGAAGAACUGGGGAGUGAUGGAAAGUUCCAGUUACAAAUGAAUAUCAUUUUCAAUUUCAUCGCAAUAUUAUUUUCAACAAUGUCUUCAUACGCCAAGAUAAUUGCUCUGACAGUACCUGAACACUGGUGCCACGUUCCAGGAAGAGAAUCUACAAAUUUAACAGUGGAAAUGUGGAAGAAUCUCACAAUUCCAAAAGAAGAUGGAAAGUACAGCAGAUGCCUAAUGAAGACGCCAGGGCAAGACAACGAAACGAUGGCCUGUAUCCACGGCUGGGACUACGACACCACAUGGUUCUCUGUGACUGCCGCUUCCCAAGGGAACUGGGUGUGCGAUAAGGAACUGUACCCAAACACUGUGUAUUCCGUGAGCCACGUCGUUUCCACCGCCGUUGGAGUUUUUAUGUUUUACAUUGGUGACAGAUUUGGACGAAAGAAGCAGUUUCUGCUAGGCCUGAGUGCCACGGCGCUGUCCCAGACACUGCUCCCCGCUUCAGUGUCCGUCUUCCCUCUCUACAUUGCUCUGUCAGCAGCCUCUGAAGGCACGCACUUGCCCAUGUUAGAAGCAACCAUGGCGACAGGAGUCGAGUUGGCCAGUAUCAAACGCCGUUCUUCCGUCAAUUUUGUGUCCUUCAUGUCUUACUGCCUUGGUAUAAUUGCCAUAUCGUUAUUGGCUUGGUUACUCAAGAACUGGGUGCACUUCACUCUGGUUGCGUCUGUCCCUUGUUUUAUUCCACUACUGCUUCAAAGGUAUCUUCCUGAGUCACCACGAUGGCUGAUAAAUAAAGGGCACACAGAAGAGGCUUUCAAGGUCCUGGAACGUAUAGCGCGCACAAACGGUAAAACUUUGUCUCCUGACAUCAAGAAAAAGAUUACUUUUCUGUCUCAACAAAGAACUGUAAACAUGGGGAUUGGAACCAUCAUAACCAACAAGAACCUUCUGAAAAAUACGAUUUUACUUGUGCUCAGCAGGUCGACUGCUGCCUUUGUUACCUUCACCCUACUUUUUAGCAACAACUGUUUCGGGGAGAAUCCUUUCGUAGCAUUCAUCGGGCAUGGAUCCCUGCAACUAGCUGCUUCAUACUCUGCUCAUGUUGUUGGAAAUAGAUUUGGAAGGCGGAUAACACACUGCCUCGUGCUAUUGGCUGCUGGUUUGUUGUGCAUCAUCCUCAUAUGCUUAACCGCAGCACACUCAACCCAGUGGAUCAUAACUACACUUUCUCUUGCGCUACUCUUCUGCUGUGACUGCUCAUAUUUACUCACAAAUAUACAGAGCUUGGAAUUGCAUCCAACGAGUUUACGACAGAUAGGCAUCGCAAUUGAAUACGUCUUUGUUCAAUGCAGUAUGAGUGUUCCACCUUACGUUGCUCACUUGGGUAAGACUGCUGGAAUGCAUAUCGCUUUCGCCAUACUUGCGGCUGUGACCCUGAUUAUGUCUGUUUUGAUGUCAUUUGUGCCGGAGUCUUUUAAUGAGAAGCUUCCAGAGACAAAACAAGAUAUUUCACUCUUUGGAACGAAGCAGAAGUACUGGAGUCUUCCAAGCCAGAAGUCAAAUGUAUCAGAAAGAACGCCAAUGUAGAAUAUAUUGACAACCAGAACUGGAGCUCUGGGAAUGAUCUCACAAAACAUUACAGAAAAAUCUUUAAGGAAAUACCUUGACUAAACUAAACUUGUAGUCUGUUUUCUGUAGUGUAUUAACAAUGACAGCAGUUUAAACAGGAAAUGAUAACACAAUUGCGAUUCAAGUGGUAUGAUGAGAAAGUGGUAAGGUUUUCCUGUUACAUGCACAUGUGAGAUGAUACAUUACGCGAACACAUUGAAAACAGACGUGUUGAUUGUAUCUGCAGGUGGUAAAAUGUGGAAGUUACAUUAUAUUUUCUAAAGUAUCUCCAUAUUAUCUCUGGGAUAUUAUUAGUAUAUAAUUACAUUUUCAUACAUAUGCAGCGGAUAAAAUCUUAGUUUGGAGACCUUAACAUUCAAGAAAUUACACCUACAGUUCAUAAUUGUUUAGCAAAAAGGAAUAAAGUUACUGAAGCAAAACCAAGCCAUCCAUAAACAAUGGGGCAGGCAAAUACAUUAAUGAGAAAACUGAGGUGUUAUUGGAACUAAUAAUAAAAUCGUUAGUAGUAAUAAUAGCGGAAGGUUCGGUAAAGUGGUAGUCUAUCAGAAAUAAAACUUUCAUCUUACAGUGAUAUUGACGGAAGUUUGUCGUUUAUAUUUUUUGAAUCUGCAUAC